GCUAUUUAGCUAAUUUUGCAGAAGCAAAACUCAUAGUUCGUGCCUUUGGUUGACCGUGUUUGCGAGCGAGCGCCUUUGACACCAAACUCGGGAUCUUUGCGCAAUGGAGCGCCUAGGCGAACUUGCGGAAGGACUGCCAGGCGGGCAGAAUGACGCGGACUCUGAGCCCGGCCCCGCGUUGGCGCCACCCUGCAGCCCCCGUGUGGCGCCCACUGCUCGGCAGCGUAAUUUCUCAACUACGACGCACGACGCAGCCCUUAACUUCCAACUCCUAGACUUGGGGCGUCAGUACUUCGUGUGGGUUUCAGCGGUGGGCCCAAAGCUCGGCAGCCUGACGCUGGCUAUCAAGUCACCUGCGGACGCCGCGCCAUCUGUGGCGUCGCUGCUGCCGGGCGCACCAGCGGUUGGCGAGGGUCCCGCCAUGGCGCAGCGGUUAGCCAUAAAACUGGGCAAGCCGGUCGUGUGCUCCUGCAACAUGCCGCCCAACUCGCCACUGCUUCAGGCGGUGGCAGAGCGGCGACUGCUGCAAGAGCUUCAACUGAUGGAGCAGGAAGCGCAGGGGGCGGCAGGACAGGCGACGGGCGGGGAGGUGGCGGCGACACCAGCCGCAGUGGUGGCGGCGGCGGGCACCGGGUGACGAAAGCUUGGCAGGAUGCGAGCUCAAGCUUGGAGUGGGGUGGGAUGUUUGGUCUGUAUAUGGCCAGGAGCACCUAGUGUGCACAUCCUACUCAAGUGUUGGGUGUGCGCGCCGACAAAGUCGUGGGGUGCUCCUUGCGGUGGUUGCCUGUUGCGGUAUGUCAGCAGCGAGGGCACAGGCUUUCUUAUUCAAUCGUGCACAAUCUAGGCUUCAAAUGAUGUGAUUUGGGGUGGGCGAGAGACACGGCAUAUACGGGUAUGCCUUGCCUUCGCCCUCCAUGGCACGUCUCCAUGGUGCGGUUCAAGAUGGGUUAAGGGAUGUGUGUUCGGGUGAUGGAGGCCUACAAGCCGUGCGUGCACGGGGUGCGUACAGAGACCGUGCAGUGGGGUUGUGGAUGGUCGGUUUUAUAGGCAAAAGUUAUUUCCCUGGAUCUGUCUGCCCUGCCCCUUUCCGAAUUCCAAUUUCUUCGCGGGUUAUGGCCGUGGCUGGUCGGCUGGCAAUGCGGCAGCGGUGCAGCCUAGUCGCUUGAGCAGUGAGCACCCGCUUGUGCUUGUGAAAUUCUCUCGUCGCGUA